CAUUUACAUCAACAAUUUACUUGACUCAUAAUAAAACCACCACUUAAGUUGGAAAGUGUAUAUAUUGUCUCUACUAGCUUUCACAACAACACAAAGAAAAGAAAAAAUCAUACACCUAUGUCUUCCAAAGACAUCCGGCGACACACUCGCCGGAUGAGCAGAUCAUUCUCAUUUUCUGACACAUCUUUUAAUGAUAAUUCUUCUUCAUCAAAAACACUUGAUCAUACACCAAUACCAUCAACUCCAUUACGAUAUCUCGGGAUCCCAUUUUCAUGGGAACAGGUCCCUGGGAUCCCCAAAAAAAAUACAAGUAAAAACAAUGAAUCUUCGUAUCCUCUUCUUCCUUUACCACCAUCAGGAAAUGCUAUACAUCCGUUACCAACCAUGAAGAAGUUUAAUAAUAGUCGAAGUUUCGGAAAAGAUCCUUUUUUAGCUGCUUUUCUGGAGUGUUCAAAAGAUAAGAAGUUCGAUAUUAAUGUUGCUUUUAAUAAAGAUGAAAAGUUUUCAGCAGGGCAAAGAAAUGGCUUUGUUGUUAGUAUGUAUUCUUCUUGUAAGAGAACAUGUUCGGUUUCGGAAUCUAUUGUUUACCGACGAAGAUCUUCUGAUCAAGAUUAUUUUUAGUCACUAUAUAUAUAUCUAGCUAGCUGGUGAAGAUAUAUAUGAUGAAGCAGUUGAUAAAAUGUAAGUGUCAAUGUUUAAUGUCAUUUGCCACUUUUUUUUUUUUCUUCUUCUUGUUUAAAAAUUUUAACAUGUUGUAAUGUGGUAUCUUGUAUAGACUUUGAUAAAUUAAUGGUGGAUGUUGUCAAGUAAA